CGCAGCGUCGAAGAAGUAGGCGACUGCGGAUAUUACGGCAAUCUCUUUUUAACUGACCAAAUAAACAAAAUUGUAUAUAUUAGUGUACUCAUUUCGGGAUGUGUUACAUGUGUUCUUUUUGUCUUUGAGUCUAUGGGCAAAAAGUUGCAUUAAUACUUCGCCAUUUGUUUCGGAGGGAGCAAUCGUUGCCACGAAUAGUGUCUGAGGACUAGCCAGCUAAGUUAUUUGUUUUACCUCUAGCUAGCGAAAGACGGGUUGAAAUAUGGCGUGAAGCGGAGGCUGACUUUUACUAAUUCAACAUUGGGUUAGAAGGGUCAACACAGGUAAUCAAGUCAGAUCAAUUGAGGGUCAGGGGUUCCGUUCGGCCGGAACCUCCAAGCGCGCGUCGUCAUGGCUUGGGCCCUGAAACUGCCGCUGGCGGAUGAGGUGAUCGAGUCAGGUCUGGUGCAGGACUUCGACGCGAGUCUCUCUGGCAUCGGUCAGGAACUGGGAGCCGGGGCUUACAGCAUGAGUGAUGUGCUGGCCCUUCCCAUCUUCAAACAGGAGGAAUCUAACCUUCCACCAGACACGGAGAAUAAGAUCCUGCCCUUCCAAUAUGUUUUAUGUGCCGCCACCUCGCCUGCUGUCAAACUCCACGACGAGACGCUCACCUACCUCAACCAAGGACAGUCUUACGAAAUUCGAAUGCUGGACAAUCGGAAAAUGGGGGAGCUCCCGGAAAUUACGGGGAAAAUGGUGAAGAGCAUCAUCCGGGUGGUCUUCCAUGACCGGCGUCUACAGUACACAGAGCACCAGCAGCUGGAGGGCUGGCGCUGGAACAGGCCUGGCGACCGCAUCCUUGACCUGGACAUCCCGAUGUCGGUGGGUAUCGUGGAUCCCCGAGCCAACCCCACACAGCUAAACACAGUCGAGUUUUUGUGGGACCCGUCGAAACGGACUUCGGUCUUCAUUCAGGUUCACUGCAUCAGCACAGAGUUCACCAUGCGCAAGCACGGGGGCGAGAAGGGCGUGCCGUUUCGCAUCCAGAUCGACACCUUCAAAGAGAACGAGAGCGGAGACUACACCGAGCACCUACACUCGGCCAGCUGUCAGGUCAAAGUCUUUAAGCCCAAGGGGGCAGACAGGAAGCAGAAGACAGACCGGGAGAAGAUGGAGAAGAGGGCUCCGCAGGAGAAAGAGAAGUACCAGCCCUCGUACGAGACCACCAUUCUCACAGAGUGCUCCCCGUGGCCAGAGGCUACCUAUGUAAACAACUCUCCAUCACCUGGAUUCAACAGCACCCACAACAGUUUCACAGUAGCUGAAGGAAAUGGAUCACCAAAUCACCAGCCAGAGCCACCAGCACAGAUUGCAGAGGAAAUCAAUGAGGAUGCCGUACAAACCUUUAGUGAUUCGUUGCCAUACCAUCUACUUAGAAGAGACAGUGAGAACCAGCAGAAUCUGUUGCCCACAGCAACGCCACAGGAGGCCCAGCAGUGGCUCCAUCGAAACCGCUUCUCGCCCUUCUGUCGUCUGUUCACAAACUUCUCAGGGGCAGACCUGCUGAAAUUGACCAGGGAAGACGUCAUUCAAAUCUGUGGCCCUGCCGACGGCAUUCGACUCUUCAAUGCACUGAAAGGACGGGUGGUACGUCCGAGGCUGACCGUGUAUGUAUGCCAGGAAUCCCAGCAGGCCCGGGAACAGCAACAGAAGCACGAGAACGGAGACGGCAGCAGCAGCACCUUCUUUGUGUACCAUGCCAUUUACCUGGAAGAACUGACUGCCAAUGAGCUCACUGAGAAGAUCGCCCAGCUCUUUAGCAUCUCUCCUAGGCAGAUCAAUCAGAUCUUUAAACAAGGACCCACUGGUAUCCAUGUGCUGGUCAGUGAUGAGAUGAUUCAGAACUUCCAGGAUGAGAUGUGUUUUGUUCUGGACACAAUGAAAGCCGAGACAAACGAUGGGUACCACAUCAUCCUGAAGUGAAAAAGCCGACAGUUGGAUUGGUGGCGGGGUGGGGUGG